AUGCUCAACCACAAAAAAAAGGAUGGCAAGCAAACCGGUUACGGUGAGCAGGAGGAUAAUUCUCCAGUUCGACCAAGGAUACGCCGCACCAGCCCAUUGCAAACUCAGGAUCAAGCAGAUCGUCAUAGGAAGCUAUGUCGCCAGCCCAUACCAGUCGAGACGCUUCAACCUUUGAGUUACACCGAGUUGUUUAUCGUCCGCAUUCUGGCGCAGAUGACCUACACUGACGGACACGCCUAA